GUCACACCGAUUUGACUAUCCGACUGUGUUCUUUUUCAAAUGCCGUCCUAGUUUUCUUUAUGUUUAAAUGUAACUAGAUUAAUUCAUUUGACCUAUUUGACCUAUCCGGAACAUGGAUUAGAUGAUGUCUUUCUAAAAGUGUGACAAUGCUGAGGGUACCAUCGUGCAUACACGAGGAAAGUCCCAGGAAGGAGGAGUGUGCGACGUUUUCUCUGGGAGUAAAACACUCGUCAUACGGAUCACUGCAGCCUAUCCUUUCAACAUGAUUUCGCCUGCAAAUGACCGAAGUUUCUCGACCUAAUGUGGAGAAGAUGAUCUGCAGGAUCCUGCUGCUCAUCAGUCUCUACUGUGUCUGUGGAAUAUUUGUAGUAAAUGUGAAACAGACCUUCUAUCAGGCAGAGGAGAACCACAACAUCACACUGGAAUGGAUGUUCACAACCACAACUGACACUUCCCCUGACUCCCUUUAUAUCUUUUGUGAGAUGAAAACUGAUUACAAAGUGUCAGUUUUGUUUGAAAUACGUGGAGGUGUUGUAGUCCCAGAGUCUCGGGAUCGUGAGUUUGCAGGACGAGUCCAGUGGGACAAAGACGUCCUUAGAGACGGACGACUAAGACUUCAUGUGUCCAGGCUCAGAACUGAGGACUCAGGCCUGUACAUGUGUGAUGUGAGGACAAACUAUGGUGUGGACUUUAGUGAAUGCUGGCUGAAUGUCUCUGCAGCAAGGGAUUGGCCCAAACCUGAAAUACCUGACACAGACACACAAGAGAGACCCAACACAGCAAGUCGAGAAUGGAUUGCCGUCUGCUGUGUACUGGGAUUGCUGGCAGUGGGAGUUUUGUUGUUGGUUUGUGGCCAUUUAUUUAUUCAUUGUCUUUCUAAGAGACCAAAUUCCAGCAGAGGAUUUCAGAACUCAACAGGACCAGAAGAAACAACUUUAUCUCCACUGUAAAUGAGACAGUUAAAACACAUCAUGCCCUUUUACAUCUUCUCUUUGUGUUUUUAUUCAUUCAUUUAUUUAUUAUUAUUAUUAUUAUUGUUAACACCUUUAUUAGUAUUUGUUGUAGGUUCUUUUAGCUACUUCACACUGGUUAUUCCAGAGGUAGUAUGAAUGAAGGGGUUUCAGAAAUGUCACGUUAGGCUUAUAGGUAUAUAUACGUAUUUGGUACUAAUAUAUUAUGAAACAUUAAUAAAGAGGAGCACAAAGUAUUUGUGACAGAUAUAUAGGAAAAGGAAUAGUUGAAGUUGAAGCGGAUGCC